UCGUCAUCCAGACAUUAGCAGUAGCAGCUAAGAGGCUAGCAGCCAGAAUUUUCUAUUCAGCACUUACCUAGACCCUUUAUUCAUUUGUGGUCUUGAAAAGAGUCCCAUUCACCCUAAUUCCAGAAAGUUUCCAGAUAUGGCUGCGGAUUGGUUGGGUAGUUUGGUGUCAAUUAACUGUGGACCGACACUGGGAGUCUAUCAGGGAGAGGUUUCAUCCGUGGACCAGUCCAGCCAAACCAUCUCCCUAAGACAACCUUUCCAUAAUGGAGUGAAGUGUCCUGUGCCCGAGGUCACAUUCAGUGCCAUUGAUAUAAAGGACCUAAAGAUUCUGAAUUUCAGAAAAGGCAGUGCUAGGAACACAUCUACAAAAGGGAGCAGUGCUCCGGUUGCAGUCCCAAAGGGUGACCCCAGGGCGGUGGAGAAGUUGAACUCUCCUCAGCACUGCUCCAAAAGCUAUGGAGAACGUCAUCUGGAUGUGCCCGGUCAGCCAAAGGGCUUUCGUCGAAGACAUAACUCCUGGUCAUCUAGUAGUCGAGGAGCCAAUCAAGCAACACCAAAAAAGAAUGGUGUGAAAAAUGGUGGCAGCCAGAUGAAGCACAGAGACGAUGAAUGUUUUGGGGAUGGUGUCGAUGAUGGCCUCGAUACAGACUUUGACUUUGAGGGAAAUCUGGCUCUUUUUGACAAAGCAGCAGUUUUCUCAGAGAUCGACAUAUCAGAGCGCCGCAACGGAGCAAGGUCACGUGGGACACCUCAAGAUCAGACACCCUCACGUUAUCGUCAUGAUGAGAACAUCCUGGAGGCCAAACCUAUUGUGUACAGACAGAUCGCUGUACCUCAGCCUGGGGCCAAAGAAUACUGUACUGAUUCUGGACUUGUUGUACCAAGUAUAUCCUAUGAACUACAUAAGCGCUUGUUGUCAGUCGCUGAGCGUUAUGGUCUUUCUCUGGAGCGAAGACUGGAGAUGACGGGUGUGUGUGCAAGUCAAAUGGCACUCACAUUGCUUGGUGGUCCAAACAGAUUUACUCCAAAAAAUCUACACCAGCGGCCAACGGUGGCCAUGCUGUGUGGCCCUCAUGUCCAGGGGGCUCAGGGUAUUAGCUGUGGACGUCACCUGGCCAAUCACGAAGUGGAAGUCAUCCUGUUUCUCCCCAAUUUUGUCAAGAUGCUUGACUCUGUCACCAGUGAGCUCACACUCUUCAACAAGACUGGCGGGAAACAAGUGUCAAGUAUUAAAGACCUUCCAGACACCCCAGUGGACCUCAUCAUUAACUGUCUGGAUUGCCAUGAAAACACAUUCCUGAUGGACCAGCCAUGGUACAGAGCAGCUGCAGACUGGGCUAACCAGAACCGAGCUCCAGUCCUCAGCUUGGAUCCUCCUGUCAGUGGACAGGGGCAGGCAGUGGAGGCCAAGUGGUCCCUUUCUCUUUGUCUCCCUCUUUCCCUGGGUGAAGGUGCUGGCCGGGUUUACUUGUGUGACAUAGGUAUCCCUCGCCAGGUCUUCAAGGAAGUGGGAAUAAAGUACCAUUCUCCAUUUGGGUGCAAAUUUGUCAUCCCUUUGCACUCUCCAUAAUGGGACCAAUGGUCAGUAUGAAUGAAUGAAUCCUUCACCAGCCUUGACCAUUUGGUUUUGGCGCCUUAUAUUCCAGAGCUUUGCCUGUUGGACAGUCCAACCUUAAAUUCCAAACUCACUGACAUUUAAACAGGACUUCUCCCUCAUACUGAAGGUCUGUUGUUUGGUACAUCACUUCUACAAACGCACAGUGCAUAUGGACUAGUUAGCAUUAAGAUGUCAUGAGCAUUAGAAGCUGCAGGAAAUAUCUAGAUACCUGGAUUGAGAGAUGGGUUACUAUAGAUGAAAUGUGAGCAAAAUACAAUUCAGUGUUAACUAUAUUAAAGACAAUCAGUGACUUUUAUCAAAAUACUAAAUAUGACAACAUUCUCCAUCGUGACAAGAAACCAUCACCAUCCUGACUCAUACUUAUAGCCUGCCAUUUGCUGCAGUCAGUCAUCUUAUUUGUUGUUGUAACACAAAAGUUAAAAAUUGAGAAAUAUUUAAAUGGUGUUCCAUCUCAGCAAAUGUCGGAAAUUUGUCAUAGAUGUGAUUAUUACCAUCCUUUGUUGAAUGGGGCAGCUGCUGGACAGAUUCCAGAUAUUUGUUUUGUUUCUUAGUUGUAAAUUAGGCUGUGAUAAUAAGGGCUCUGACAAGGUGAUACAGCAUGAAAAACCUAUUGCAACCUUGUAUUGUCGAGAUGAUUUCUGGAGGGAAAAAAGCUUGGUGAACAUAAUUUUUGCAUUUUUUUUAACUGCCAGUGAGUCAAAAUCUGGGUAUUUUUUUCCAGCCAGUUUCCUUUUUAUGGUAAAAUGAUCACUCAGUGUAUGUGUGAUUUAAAUGUUAGAUCGUAUAUUUUCAUCUAAACUGAGAGAUGAUCAAAAUACUGUCUCCUGGCGUGUCAUGAUAAGAAAUUUGUAUAAAGGCCACUCUUUUCUGGAGUAUGCCUGUUUAUGUAUCAGACAAUUAUUGGUGUCUAUCUAAAUAUCUAAAUCAUAGACUGAAUGGUCAUUAAAACAGCUGGAGAUACCAACUUUUUUUUUGCUGCUUUUUGAGGCUCUUACAGAGGAGUUACAGGAGUCUAUGCUCCUACAUGUUUCUGGACCACCAAGUUGAAAGUCUCAGUGGUUCUUUGAUAAGACCACUUCAUUUUAAAGAUUUGUUCAGAAAUGAGGCACUUGUUAGCACUGAUCUUUAUUGGACAUGAAUCCUGCGCUUAUUACAUGUUGUGAAUGCAGAGUUGAAUUUUAUAUCAUUGAGUUCAGCGUUGAUGUAAAAAAAAAAAAAGACAAAAAACCUGAAUUCAAGCGAUCUACAUUUUCUGAGGUCACAAAUUUAUGCUAAACUCUGUGGUAUUUUGUGUCGACUUAUAAUAUUGUUAAAUGUAACAUCUCAGGAGGAUUAAACUUAGUUGAUUUUUUGUUUCUUUUGUGAGCGCAGGGUUCAUGUUCUGACUCUGUGAACAAAGGUUUGAUCCUUUUCAACAUUCCACUGGCCUGAUGUGUCAAGUCCCAUCUGUUGAGACAAGUCUGGCUUGGAAACAUCAGUCAGUGUUAAUGAAUGUGAGUGUUGUCCUUUACCGCCAGGGGGAUGUGAAACCACACCUCUGGUUCUUCCUUGUUCUGCUGUAGGCAUUUUUACGUGCUGAUUCUUCUCUGCGAAAUGUGAACAGUCAGACCACAGUGGUCUGACAUCUGAGAGAAGCCCAUCAGUUUCAGAGAAUUGCUUCAGAGCAGACUGGAUGAGAUUGGGUUAGUUUACAUGUUUCAAGCGAUACAACCUGCAGCGGAUGUUUAAUCCAUGCAAGAUCUAUUUGCAGUUAAAUUGCAACUUGAUAAAACAUGACAACCGUUUCCUUUUUGGAUCGAAGUUCAGUGUUAAGGUUCUUGUACAAAAAAAAAUACUGUGCAGUCCUUACUUGUCAUGUCUGCAAAUUUAAUCAAUAAAAAGUUCAACUGUU